AUGUAAACUUCAAUCGAUCUGCCUUCCCCUUUAGGAGUUAUCUAAACUUCUUCUAUAACAAGCACAGGUAAAAUAUUAAGUCCAGAUUAACAAAACAAUUUAAAGGAUGCAGUGAAAAGAAGUGAAGAGGAUAAAUUAUUUCGAAAAUAAAAUCAGAUGAAUGAUAUGGAGGAAUUUGAAGCAAUGGAAGUUUAAAAUGGUGAUUAAAAAUCUCUAAUAUAUUACUACAAGGCCUUAAAAUUUGAUGAAGAAAUACAGCAAAACGAACUAUAAAUUAAUAAUAUUGUUCAGAUUAGAUCAAAAUUAGGAAUGAUAGAAGGAUUCUUAAUGAAGAAAAGUCCUCAUUGGUUUUAAGGUUAUUCAUAGAGAAACUGUAUAUUAAGAAAUAGAGUGUUUAGAUAUUAUGACUCAGAAAAUAAAAAAGUUUAAGGAGUUUUAAAUUUCGAUGUUUAGUCAUUCUAAUUAUAAGAAUUAUAGGAUAAAAAUGGAAAUACAGUGGAGUUUAUUUUAAAGCCUUUGGGUUAAACUCAAAAAGUAUUUCAGUUUAAAGGGGGUACAGUAGAUCAAACUAAAACAUGGGUUUAACUUAUAAAAUAGCAUCUCUAAGAUUCAAUUGGAGCACUGAAAGUUUUGAAAUCACUCAGUACAUAUGAAUAUUUUUGGAGAUUUGAACGCAUUUCAUCAUUACAAAUAAUGGAGGAUGCUGAAGAUGGAGACAUUUUACUCUUUUAAGGGAAAGAUAUUAAUUGUCACAUUCAAAGAACCUUAACCCAGGCUAAUUUUGAUCACGUUGGAAUUUUAAUACGGUUAAAUGACAACUAAUUGUAUUUAUUUGAAGCAUUGCCAUUGCAUGGAGUGGGACUGUGCCGUUGGAAUAAGUUUAUUAUAUGUAAAUGGAAUUAUCUAUAUCAUAAAGUUAUUUAUAGAAAAUUACAAGUGAAUAGAGAUGAAAAUUUUAUAUCAAGGAUGCACGAAUUCGUUACUGAGAAUAUUGGUAAAUAGUAUUCAUUUAAUCCGACUAAAUUAUUCAAAUUUAAGUCAACAAUGCUCCAAGAUCCAUAAUAGCAGUAAACAAGAACGUUUUUUUCUUCUGAACUUGUAGCAGCUUGCUAUAAACAUUUAAACCUCUUGUCAAAAGAUAUCUCAUCCACUUAAUAUUCACCAGGAUCAUUCUCAUCAGAAAAUCAAAAAUUAUCACUUCGAUAUGGAAGUUUAAGUGAAGAAUAUCUUAUAGAUUUUGAGGGUGAAUGA